UAGAAGAAGAAGCUAGCAUAGCCGAAGAAGAAGACAGCAGUAGCCGAAGAAGAAGCUAGCAUAGCCGAAGAAGAAGCUAGCAGUAGCCGAAGAAGAAGAGCGCAGUAGCCGAAGAAGAAGACAGCAGUAGCCGAGGAAGAAGAAGAAAUCAGUAGCCGAAGAAGAAGAAGUGCCCCGGAUUGGCGCUCAUCUGGAGGCAGAAGCAACCGGAUCAAGAUGGACGACCCUAAACACAUCGGCCCUCUCAAUGGGAAGUUUGAAUACAAAAAACACCAGGACGGAUCAAUCGACCGACAGAAGGUGGUGUGUACACUAUGCCGGAAGGAGUUCUCGUUUCACCGAAGCACGUCCAGCUUAAAGUACCACAUCAACGCCAAGCAUACAUUUGCCGGGGAUUCAUCUGCGAGUAUUUCAUCGGCCGUCUUUCGACAAAACGCCCUAACGAAGCGCCGGGGACUCAGUAGGUCUUUCUCUUCCACAACUGAGUCAAAUGAUCGAAGAUGUGUGCUGUUUAAAGGGGUGGACGAACGGCAAGAGUCUUAUGAGGGAAUGUCACUGAUCCAGACUCGAUCCAACCACAACUACAUCCCGGACGCCGCUCUGCCACCCGGUGAGACCUGGCUUCAAGGCGGACCCUCGCGAGCUGUGCUUUCCCUGCCUUCCUGUCUGUGCCUCCAUGAUUCCGCCGAUCCCGGAUCUUCUGGUGACGAACGAACGGACCAGUGGAAGGUGUAUGCCAAGUGCCACCUUCAGCAGGGUAUCAUAUUCGGACCGUACGUUGGAGAAGUGUCCAAAGGUCACAUGCCGGCAAGCCUUAAAUAUGCCUGGGCAAUCAGGAAUGAUGCUGAUUUUGUCUACGUUGAUGGCUUUGAUGAAAACAGAUCCAACUGGAUGAGGUAUGUAACAUACAGCAGCAGUGAGGCCCAACACAAUAUGGUAGUUUUCCAGUUCUAUCGGAACAUCUACUACAAGGUUUCACAGCCCAUCCCGGAGGGCGAUGAGCUCAGGGUCUGGAUCGGCCGGGAUUACGCUAAACUGCUGGGCCUCAGGAUGGGUGAGAAUGUGAAAUGUGAACUUGGCGAUAAGGAAACGGUUCUGCAACUUCUUCCGGAUAUUCAGCUGGUGACCCUCCCGGAGGCCGGCAUGUCCUUCCAGACUGGCGACCACAACCAAUCACUGCCUGUCAUCAGUGACGUGACCACCUUGUCAAAUCCAGAUGGAAAUAGUGAUUCAGGACAGAUCUCUCACUCCGCCUUUACUUCCUCAAUCCCAGGCUCAUCCGCUCAGUUGACGGAAGCCAUCGUCAAUUUCCUCAUCAUGGAUCUCCAGCCUCCAGCUCUGGUCGGUGGAAAAGGCUUCACGGAGCUGAUCCACUCCCUGCUUCCGGCCUACAAGCUCCCAUCCCCGUCCCUGCUGGAGAAGCUCCUGAAUGACCACCACAGCAGGGACAAGAAGCUCCUCGCUCAGAUGCUGAAGACAUCUAGCGACAAGCAGAACGAAACCGUAUCCGAUUACACCGCGCCUGUGGAGUAUGAAUGCGGGAGACUCGCGCGGCCUCCCAGCGAGUGGGAGGACGUUCCGUAUUUUGUCACAUUAAGUGUGGACGUUUGGGUCCACAGCUGGGAGGGGCACAACGAGGGCUACCUCACCCUCUGGGCGCAUUACGUAGACUCAAACAUGAAGUGCCAGAACGUCACGCUGGCAACGCAAAGACUCCGAGAGAGUGACGCGGCAAACAGCUGCCUCCAGGGCUUGGAAGCCCAAGUCAAGAUGAUGGCCCAGGAGUGGGGGGUGUCCCAGUUUCAUCUGGUCUUGCUGGGAGGGAAAGGCAACAACAAGAUGAGACUGCAGAUGAUGAAUAACGCAGAAGAAGCCUUGCGGUCAAACUCCUUUCGGGAGAAGGGCAAGUCUGCGCCGCCCAUGGAAUUGGGUCCCCCGAGCGACGGGCUUCUGUUUGUACCGUGUUUCUUCAGCGUGGUGCACGGCUGCGUGGAGGAAUUGAUGUCACACCCGCUCAUCUCCAAGACCCUCUUCCAGUUCCAGGCCGCUCUCUUAAAUCUCUUCCCGGCAUCGUGUCAACGCAGGGACUCGUGUCGUAUUCCGUUAAGUUAUCACCAGAGCGCGUUGGAAACGUUGACAAAACGGGAGCAGGCGGAGCUGAGGUCGUGGGCUGCCAACUGUCGCCCCACGUGGGACAGGCUCUACCCCCUGCUGAGCACCCUACUCAAACACGAAAGCCUUAUCGCUAGCUUGGUAAAGCAGGUCAAAUACGAGAACCUCACGGAUGAAGACGUCGCUUCGGAGUCCGGUGCGCGUAGCUGUUGCUAUGCGAAUCCGUCACCCGCCGCGGAUGUGUCAAACACGGUACCGUUGCACUCCGAGUGGAAGAUCUUGGAGGAGUUGUGUUCGGUGCUGAAACCGUUGGACGUGGCGUGUCAGACGCUGGCCAAGGACGCCUUCCCGCGCUUGUCUCUCAUCAAACCCAUCCUCACCGGCUUGCUGUCCCGCCACCUCGUGUGCCGGCCGGGGGACCCCGGCAUUUUGACCGACAUGAAGCAGAUGGUGAGGCAGAUGUUGGCCAGGCAUUACAACAACCCGGAAGUCAACAGGAUUUUAAGUGUGGCCUGUUCCCUCGACCCCCAGUUUCACGGGCUGGGGUUCAUGAGCGAGAAGGAGCAAGCGGAGACUUUUGAUUGGCUGAAGAAGGACACCAUCAGGAUGGCCGAAGACAGGAAGACGCACAAACUGAAGAAGACCUACUCAACCUCAGGCAAGCGGUUCCUCUCCUCUGAAAGACCAGAAUCAGAGACUCACUUCUUGAAGAGAAGCAAACUGGGUGAGAUGGACUUCAGGGAAAUGGAGGACGAAGAAGAACUGGAUCUGCCAGAACUCAGCUCACUAGGCGAAGUAUCCGGUAUGGAGUUCCUGCUCGGAGACCUGUUCUCCACGCCACGGAGCAGGCAGGACUCGGUGGAGGAGUCGGUAGACUUGGAGAUAUCGGUCUUCCGAGCUGACAAGGGAGCUUCGAUGGGAGUGGAGCCGCUCCAUUGGUGGAGGACAAAGGCGGUGCAAUUCCCGAUGCUGGCUAAAGUGGCGCAGGCGUACUUGGCCGCCCCGGCGGUGGCGGGCAACAUGGCGCAGGACUUUGUUCAGGACAGAGCGGGAGCAACCAACAGGAAAAGAGACAGCAUCCCGCCGGAAAGUUUGGACGCGAUCCUGUUUCUGCACCACAACCACAUGAUCAGACACAAAAGUAAAACAUGAAUUCAAAGUUGAGCUUCAGACCCGUUGCCUGUUGAGAAGAUCCGCCCUCAAACAUGGCAGCUAAAAGUCCGAGUUGUCUUCUGAAUCACGACUUGUAGUUCCAUGACCGUGCUGUGUUUGGUAUUUCAUAGUAGUUCCAUCCUGAUCAAGAGGAUUGAAUAAAAUGUCAAAGCACCAUAAUUUAAAUUGCAACAA